AUGAUGUCCAUGAACAGCAAACAGCCACAUUUUGCCAUGCAUCCCACCCUACCUGAACACAAAUACCCCUCUCUACAUUCCAGCUCCGAAGCAAUACGAAGAGCCUGUCUACCAACUCCACCGCUGCAGAGCAAUAUCUUCGCCAGCCUGGACGAGACCCUGCUGGCCCGGGCCGAGGCUCUGGCGGCCGUGGACAUCGCUGUGUCCCAGGGCAAGAGCCACCCCUUCAAGCCCGAUGCCACCUACCACACCAUGAACAGCGUGCCGUGCACCUCCACCUCCACCGUGCCGCUGGCGCACCAUCACCAUCACCACCACCACCACCACCAGGCGCUCGAACCCGGCGACCUGCUGGACCACAUCUCCUCCCCAUCUCUCGCCCUCAUGGCCGGCGGCGGGGCCGGCGGCGGGGGCGGCGGCGGCAGCGGGCACGAAGGGGCCGGAGCGGGCGGCGGCGGCGGCGGCGGCGGCGGGGGCGGCGGCGGGCCGGGCGGCGGCGGGGCCGGGGGCGGCGGGCCGGGAGGCGGCGGCGGCCUCUUGGGCGGCUCGGCCCACCCGCACUCGCACAUGCACGGCCUGGGCCACCUGUCGCACCCGGCGGCGGCCGCCAUGAACAUGCCCUCGGGGCUGCCGCACCCGGGGCUGGUGGCGGCUGCGGCGCACCACGGGGCGGCUGCGGCGGCGGCGGCGGCGGCUGCGGGCCAGGUGGCCGCGGCGUCGGCGGCGGCCGCGGUGGUCGGAGCGGCGGGGCUGGCCUCCAUCUGCGACUCGGACACAGACCCCCGGGAGCUGGAGGCCUUCGCCGAGCGCUUCAAGCAGCGGCGGAUCAAGCUCGGGGUGACGCAGGCCGACGUGGGCUCGGCCCUGGCCAACCUCAAGAUCCCCGGGGUGGGCUCACUGAGCCAGAGCACCAUCUGUCGCUUCGAGUCGCUCACGCUGUCGCACAACAACAUGAUCGCGCUGAAGCCCAUCCUGCAGGCGUGGCUGGAGGAGGCCGAGGGCGCGCAGCGCGAGAAAAUGAACAAGCCCGAGCUCUUCAACGGAGGCGAGAAGAAGCGCAAGCGGACUUCCAUCGCCGCCCCGGAGAAGCGCUCCCUCGAGGCCUACUUCGCCGUGCAGCCCCGGCCCUCCUCCGAGAAGAUCGCCGCCAUCGCCGAGAAACUGGACCUCAAAAAGAAUGUGGUGCGGGUUUGGUUUUGCAACCAGAGACAGAAGCAGAAAAGGAUGAAAUUCUCCGCCACCUACUGA